AUCCAAAUCUUUGAAAUCAACAAUGUCAGGACGUGGUAAAGGAGGAAAAGGUUUGGGAAAGGGAGGAGCAAAGCGUCAUCGCAAAGUACUUCGUGAUAACAUUCAAGGUAUCACAAAACCAGCAAUCAGGAGAUUAGCAAGAAGAGGAGGUGUAAAACGUAUCAGUGGUUUGAUCUAUGAAGAAACAAGAGGAGUUCUUAAGAUCUUUUUGGAGAAUGUGAUUCGUGAUGCUGUUACCUACACUGAACAUGCCAGGAGGAAGACUGUUACUGCCAUGGAUGUUGUUUACGCUCUCAAGAGACAGGGAAGAACUCUUUAUGGUUUUGGAGGUUAGGUUUUGUUUUGCAAAAUCAAGCUGACAGAGAAAAAAACCACCCAAAGACGGUCUAAUAGUACUACUACUACUAUCUGUUGUUUCUCACAAUCUCUAAUCUAAUUAGGUUUCUUAGUUUGAAGUUUUAAUUUGGUUUAAGAAUGUAAUUACUGUUUUGAAUGUUAUCUGGUGACUACUACUUGUAGAACAGUAGAAGGAGGAUUUAAUGAAAUGAAAUUUACAGUUUCUUCCAA